AUGAGGAUUAUUUACCCGCACUUUCUCGGGGUGUUUUCCGCCCUUUGGGGGCUAGCGACUGGGGCUUUCCCCAGCAGUGUUCAAAUAGGUGGUCUAUUUAUCAGGAACACAGAUCAGGAGUACACAGCAUUUCGACUGGCUAUCUUCCUGCACAACACCAGCCCCAAUGCCACGGAGGCUCCAUUCAACCUGGUACCCCAUGUCGACAACAUCGAGACAUCUAACAGCUUCGCCGUCACAAAUGCCUUCUGUUCGCAGUACUCGCGGGGUGUGUUUGCUAUCUUCGGCUUGUACGACAAGCGUUCGGUGCACACCCUGACGUCGUUCUGCAGCGCACUGCACAUCUCCCUGGUCACGCCCAGUUUCCCCACGGAGGGGGAGGGCCAGUUCACCCUGCAGCUCCGCCCCUCUAUCAGAGGAGCUCUGCUGUCCCUGCUGGACCACUACGACUGGAGCCGCUUCGUAUUCCUCUACGACACAGACAGAGGUUACGCCAUCCUACAGGCAAUCAUGGAGCGAGCAGGUCAAAAUGGUUGGCAGGUGAGUGCCAUCUGCGUGGAGAGUUUCAACGAGGCAGCUUACCGUCGUCUGCUAGAAGACCUGGACCGCCGGCAGGAGAGGAAGUAUGUCAUCGACCUGGAGCCUGAGAGACUGCAGAGCAUUCUAGAACAGGCCGUUAGUGUGGGGAAACAUGUCAAAGGCUACCAUUACAUCUUGGCCAACCUGGGUUUUAAAGACAUAUCUCUAGAGAGAUUUAUGCAUGGUGGGGCUAACAUCACAGGGUUCCAGUUGGUUGACUUCAGUAAGCCAAUAGUCCUCAAACUGAUGCAGCGCUGGAACAAACUGGACCAGAGAGAGUACCCAGGCUCUGACAUCCCACCCAAGUACACCUCGUCUCUGACGUAUGAUGGGGUGUUGGUGAUGGCCGAGGCCUUCAGGAACCUGCGUCGUCAGAAGAUAGACAUCUCCCGUAGAGGAAAUGCUGGAGACUGUCUGGCCAACCCAGCUGCCCCCUGGAACCAGGGCAUAGACAUGGAACGCACACUCAAACAGGUGCGUAUCCAGGGUCUGACAGGUAACAUCCAGUUUGACCACUACGGCCGCAGAGUCAACUACACCAUGGACGUGUUUGAACUGAAGAGCAAUGGACCACAACGGAUUGGCUACUGGAACGACAUUGACAAACUGGUUCUGGUCCAGAAUGAGGUGCUGUUGUCCAAUGACAGCACAAACAUUGAGAACAGGACAGUCGUUGUGACAACUAUCAUGCCACUGAUGAGGAAGCCUCUGCUGCGACACUGA